AUGGACUCCUCAAGCAACCGCCUCUUCCGCUUCUCAAAGCCAGAAUGGUUAAACAACUCCUCCGUCCGCAACGGCGGAGUCUACGUCGCCGGCGCCCUAUUCGCAGCAGGCUUCUUCUUCCUAAUUGACGUCGCCUCAUUCUCACGCAGCCCUCGCAACGGCUCAGACGUACACAUCAAAUUCGUCGACUGGAUCCCCGGCAUCUGUUCUGCGCUCGGCAUGCUGGUUAUCAACUCAAUCGAGAAGAGCCGGCUGCAAGCUGAUAGUUUCAGUUAUAGUGGCAGCGGCGUCGCGUGGAAGGCGCGAUUCGUGCUGUUUUUGGGAUUCGCGUUGUUGGCGGGUGGGCUUGCGGGUAGUGUGACGGUUUUCGUUCUCAAAUAUCUUAUCAAGGAAUACCCGGUUCAGACGCUUUACUUUGGUAUUGCGAAUAUCGUGGCGAAUGGGUUGGUUAUGCUUAGUUCGAUUGUCCUUUGGGUCUCGCAGAACAUUGAGGAUGAUUACACCUACAAUCUGGCGCUGUAA